UUGGUGCAGUUGCAAAGAGAGGACGGAAAGAGCAGAGAGAUUACAGGAUCUGGUGUGGCUUCUUCCUUCUCUUGCUUCCUCGAUGCGACCAAUUCUUUAAUCACCAUUUUCUCUCUCUCAAACCGAUAAUUGUAGCCACCCAUCACCCCUUUAUUUUUAAUUAUUAUUUUGGAAUGAAUGAGAACAAAACCACCGCCAUCGCUCUUAUCCCUCACCAUUGACUCAGCCGUCCUCAAUCUAUCCGACAUCUCCGAUCUCUCCUCAAUCCCUGAUCACAUCCUCCUCGACCUCUUCCUGAGAAUAUUAAGAGCUGGGAAACUGACUGAGAAAGUUCUGAGACUGUUCAUAGCAACUGGUAAGGAUGAAGUGAUUUCCUUUGUUGAGGCACUCAAUAUCCAACAUGUUCUGACCCCUGUGCUUCCCACCAUACAGGGUGUUCUGAAAAAUUCUAAAGUAAGGUUAAACUAUUCUCAGCGCUAAGGAGGUAAAACAAGACAUUUAGUUUGUGAGAUAGUCUGUGUUCUGUACUCUGCAAGAUGUCUCAAGCAGUUAUCAACGAUAAUGAAGUGGAUAUUGUGAUUGCUGCACUGCACUCCGACCUCACAACUUUCAUGAAUGAAUGGAGGCCAAUUUUCUCCCGCUUUCACCUGAUAAUAAUACAAGAUCCUGACCUCAGAGAAGAACUACAAAUUCCUGAAGGAUUCAGGGCGGAUGUGUAUACAAAGGAU